GCAUUGCGAUAACAAAAGUGCAUUUCCGCAUGGGGACUUGACUGAUCAAGACUUUCCCUACCAGGCCUAAGGCAACGGCGAGAUCAAGAUGGGAGACGAUAGACUGCAGCGUGCCCGCGAACGGGAUGAAGCAAAUAACACAGGUGCAAAGAUUUUCAAAGAUUCAGUUCAUGGUGUUAUGAAAUUUCCGAAACUGGUAGUAAAAUUCAUUGCUACUAAAGAAUUUCAAAGGCUGAGCAACAUAAAACAGCUUUCGACUCUCUAUAUGGUCUUUCCUGCGGCAGCUCACAACCGCUUCGAGCACAGUCUAGGUGUGUGUCACUUGGCAGGAGAACUUCUCACUCACCUUCAACAAAAUUCACCCGGCGUUUGGAACUGGAUUUUUGAUUCAGAAUCUGAAGGGGAAAGAGUGAAACUUGCCGUGCAACUAGCAGGCCUCCUUCACGAUCUUGGCCACGGGCCAUUUUCUCAUACAUGGGAAAAAUUUGUUCAUUCCCGUGGAGAAAAGUGGGAUCAUGAAGACUCAGCAGGUGACCUCCUCGAUCUAAUUAUAUGGGGAGACAGCAAUAAGACGCAACUAACAGAAGUUGGUGAAGCAUUCGAAAAGGAGUUCCUGGACGUGGACAAGUAUCUCCAGUUGAUAAAACACUUAAUAGAAGGAAAACGGGGAUUAGACCUCGUCAAUAAAGAUUAUGGCCUAGAGAAGAAAAGAGCCUUCAUUUACCAGGUUGUGGCAAAUAAAGUUAAUGAUGUAGAUGUUGAUAAAUUUGACUACUUUUUAAGGGAUGCGCAGCAUCUCAACAUGGGCAUUGCGUUUGACUACCAGAGGUUGAUGAACCAUUGUAGAAUUGAGAUUAAGAAUGAUACCACAAGCUUCAUAGCUUUUAGGGAUUGUGAAGCGUAUAAUUUACAGGCGUUAUUCAGAACCAGGGCUGACAUACACAUUCGUGCAUGUCAGCAUAGAGUUCACGUAUGCCUUGAGAAAAUGCUUAUUGAUGCAAUGACAUUGGCUGACAAGAGCGACUUUAAAGUUGGGUAAGUUCACAAACAAAAA